CUUUUUAUUUCUCUUCCUCCUCAUACCUGUCUGUCGUCACUGAACACUGGAAUGGUGGGGACAGCACCAAAAUACUGCUGACGGCAUCUGUCACUGAAGUAUUGUAAGAUCCCGUGUGAUAAAGAUUCCAAAUCUUCUCUGACAGGGGAGGAUCAUCAGGGAAGAUGAAUCGCUCCUGUGUAAACUGCCUGAAGACUCUGUUGAUCACUCUCCACUUUCUCUGCUGGCUGUGCGGUGCCUUCGUGGUGGCUUUCGGAGAAUACCAGAUGAUGAACUCCAGGUUCGCCUCCCUCGUCACCACCUUCUGGCCCAUCUACCCUGCCAACACUCUGGUGGUCACUGGCACCAUCGUUACGUGUGUGUGUUUUAUAGGCGUGCUGGGAGGCAUGAAGGAGAACCGCUGCAUGCUCAUCAGUUUUUUCUUCCUGCUGUUUCUUCUGCUGCUGGUGGAGAUGGCCAUGGCCUGUGUGUUCUUUGUCUAUAGCAGAGAGAUUGACUCAUAUUUUGAGAGAGACCUGAUGCAAAGCCUGGAGAUCUACAGACAGUCCAGUCCAGAGGCAAACACGACCAUUAAAGAGGAUUUUGACGCCGUGCAGGACCUGUUUAAGUGCUGUGGAGUUCAUGGUGUGUCUGACUGGAAGGGGAAUAUCCCAACCUCCUGUUGUGUCAAGGACCCCUGCAGCAGCCCCAUCCAAAUCCACUGGCAAGAGGGUUGUCUCCUCAAAUUGAAGGACUGGUUUGCAAGAAACUAUCUGAACACAGCCGCUGGUGUCAUCACUAUGUUUAUCAUACAGUUUAUCUGUCUGUGUAUCACCAUCCCUGUCUUUUGCCGCUUCAGUCGACAUGGACUGGGUUACCAGUAAAAAAAAGGGAUUCAAUAAAUGAUAUCUGCAAUGUACAGUGACUUUGUGCAUGUUAACAUGUUGCCUUUCCCUGUAAUAACUUGACUAUAAACUUGUAUAAAACUAAAGUUAGCCAGCGGAAGAAAACUGCUAUCUCUUCGACCAGGAAUAAAUUAAGAGGAUGGCUGCUAAUUAUCACUUUUAAUUAUGGCAUAUGAGGUGACAGACCAUCAAAUGUGAUAUGGAUAACGUCGACACCUCAUCUCCCUGCUAUAUUGGACUUAAAUAAAAUGUUGAACAAACUGGAGGUAGAGAAAGUCUCCCCCAAUAAACUUUGAUCAUUAUUUUACCCUUAAUUAUUUGUAGGGUUUCUAACAUUUUCUCCUACGUUCUAAACUUAUAUUUUUUAUUAUGACUCCUGCCUCAAAUAUGCUAAAACACACUAAAUAGUCCCGCCUGUUUUCUUAUGUUUAUUAUUUUCACUGUUUGGGGGCCAUUUUCUGUGAGUGGACCCUCCUAUAAUUCUCUCUCAACUAUCAGCCGAUUCAUUAUCAAAUGUUUAUUUAAUAUUUAUUAAACAAAAAUAUCAAGGUUCUUUUCUGGAAGGUGUUAAACGCAACUCCCUGCUCCUGGGUCUGGGUGAGACUGUAAAUUGAAUAAUCAAUUAUCGUACCUUUAUCCAGCCACUUUCCAGUGUUGACCCAGGAUGCAGUCUGCAGGCGCUCCUCUACCAGCCCCACGUUGGGCGCCAUACGUUGAAGGGAACUCUAAUGAAAAACACAGAGAAGCAAUAUUGCAGUUGAAGGAUUUGUUUAUUAGAAUGUACUACAGCGUUGAUACUAUUUGAUAAACAAUAUUGCUGCAAAUUCUGACGUGCUCGAGUGAAUGCCACAUUUCCUGUUAAUGCUCGUUUGUGUGUAUUUGAGUGACUCUCAUUGUCAAGCCUAUUGUUUGUGCACCCCUGUAUGGAUGUAUGUAUUUCGUGCAUAUAGGGUUACAACUGAGGAUUGGUAUUUCCUGUGCUACAGUCAAGUUUGAUCAAAAGUUCAGUUAUAUAACUGGUCAUAGAACACUGAUCAUUUAGACAUCAAGUUACACAUAACAUAAUUUGUUCUAGCAAUUGAAAAAUAGGUAAGUUAAACGUGAGUUUUUAUUUAUUUUUGUGAAAGCGAGUCUUAUUUUUAGAACGCAUCGGUAGAGCUGAUCUUUAGCGUCCAAGAACGACUUCAUAGGUAAUGUCUGCAAUGGGGAGUGUUACAUGUAGGAAAUUCAGUAAACUCUGCUGAGUCAAUGAUGUAAAAUAUGAACAACAUUGUCAUUCAUGGGCUUCUUUUCUGCCAAUCGAGACUUAUCAUGUGAAAGCAGUGUUACAUUGUCUGGAGGUUUGCUGUGGUGGAUGGAAAGUCAGCCAUUAAUUCAGCCACUGCUGACUGGCUGGGUACUGGUGUUUCAAUAAGAACUUUGUACGUAUGCUUCCUCUGCCGAUGUAUACUUACCAAAUACUGAUGAAAUAUUGUGGGUGGUUAUGUAUGUGUUUGAGUGGGUUUUUAACAGUUUUUGGGCUGGAAACCGUGUAUCUGACAAAACUGUCUAAUUCUGGAAUAAAUUUCUACCAUGGACAAUAAAUAUGCAUGGCCAAUCAA